AUGUCAUCCGACGCCAAAUCCUUCCGCCAACUAGUCGGCGUCACCCCCUCCACUGCCUCCGUGCAAGACUCAACCCUCAUAAUCAUCGACGCCCAAAACGAAUACGCCUCCGGCAAACUGAAAGUCGAAAACGUCGGGCAAAGCCGCGAAACCAUCGCCGACUUGCUCUUCCGGUACCGCCGCGGCAGCAACGGCAGCAACAUCGUCCACGUGGUCCACAAAGCUCCCGAUGGUGCACCGGUUUUCACUCCCGGUACACCUCUGGCGGAUGAAUUCGACGAGUUGAAGCCCCAGGCUGGUGAGAAGGUUGUUGUCAAGGACUUCCCCAGCUCGUUUACUCAGACCGAUUUGCAUGAGUAUCUUCAGGGGUUGGGGGCUGUGGGCAAGAAGAUUGUUCUUGUGGGGUACAUGGCGCAUAUUUGCGUGUCUACUACUGCGCGUGCGGGAGAUGAGCUUGGGUAUGAUGUCUUGGUUGUCUCGGAUGCGAUUGGGGACCGGCAUAUUCCUGGUGUUCAGGCGGAGACUUUGGUGUCGGUUGUGCUCUCUGUGGUGGAAGAUGGGUUUGGCUCUGUGAUCCGUGCUGCUGAUAUUACUGAAUAA